AUGUCGCGCGCGAUCGAACGCGCGAUCGCGCGCGCGGGGCGAUUCGGUCGACGCGCGGGCGCGGGCGCGGUGACGACGACGACGACGGACGCGACGCGCGCGUGGUCACCCGUCGUGGAACGAAGCGACGCGCCUGGGCGACGGACGUCGUCGUCGCCGGCGCGCGAUGGGGGCGUCGCGCGCGCCGCGCGGGCGCGGUGGACGUCCGCGCGCGCGUGCGCGUGGGGGGUGGGGGCGACGCGGGGGUUCGCGGCGAGUGGGACGGCGCGGGACGGCGGCGGGUCGGGCGACGGCGGGUCGGGCGACGGCGACGACGGCGGGUCGGGCGACGGGACGGAUUGGGACGGGCUGUUCGAUGACGAUGCGUGGUACGAACGGGGGAUAACGGUGCGGGGUGGGUCGGCGAUCGAUCACGCGAGCGGUGGGGCGCUGGCGCUGAACGCGCUGCGAGACGCGGACGGCGCGCGAAAAGCGCGGAAACGCGUGGGGAGAGGGAUCGGAAGCGGUAAGGGUAAGACGAGCGGUCGGGGGCACAAGGGGGCGAAAUCGCGCUCGGGAGGGGGUCCGAGACUCGGGUUUGAGGGUGGGCAGACACCGCUGCGAUUGACGCUUCCGAAGCGGGGGGCGCACAACCCGCAUCGAAUGACGUUUGACGUGGUGAAUUUGGCGACGCUUCGAGAGUACGUCGAGGCCGGACGGUUCGGUGAGUACGAUGGCGACAAUCCGCGGACGUUGACGAUGAAGGAUUUCGUCGAUGCUGGGCUGUCGAACAAGAAGAUCAAGCACGGGAUCAAGCUCUUGGCGGGCGGCGUCGACGCGGAUGAAGCCUUCAUCAAGGUUCGCUUGGAGGUUUCCAGAGCGAGCACAAAGGCGAAGGAGAUCGUCGAGCGCGCCGGUGGGAGCGUCACCAAGGUGCAUUACAACCGCCUCGGCCUGCGUGCGCUGCUACACCCGCACAAGUUCCCGCGAGGUUUACCGAAACCGGCGAGAACUCCGCCGAGACUGCGCAAAUUCGUCGAUCGAGAAGGAACGCUCCCGGCGCCGGCGCAGAUGGAAACGAGCGCGUAA